AUGCUGGGAUGCACGAUUGGCGGCACGUUCGGUCUCAUCGUGGGCACCAUUGGUGGACUGUCGGCCAAGCUGCGAGGACGGCAGCUCGUGCGGACGGUGGGCAACACCAUCCUGCAGAGCGGCGGCGCCUUCGGAUUCUUCCUCGCCAUCGGCAGCGCGAUUCGAUGCGAUUACCGACCGAGCGAGCCGCUGAUGAUUUCUUCCCCCGCUCCCAUCACCUCUGCGCAACGCUCCAACUGA